AUGUCUUCAUUUAAAGAAAUUCAAGCUCGUAUCGACGAACAGACAAAAGAAAUUGAAAAAUGGUGGUCUGAACCGCGUUGGGCUAAAACCAAAAGAAUUUACUCUGCCAGAGAUAUUGCAGUUAGAAGAGGUACUUUGCCAUUAGCUGCUCCAGUCCAAACUCAUAUGUCUGAUAAAUUAUAUGAUGUAUUGGAUCAACAUCAUAAAAACGGGACAGUUUCAUUCACUUAUGGUUGUUUAGAUCCGGUCCAGGUUACUCAAAUGGCGAAAUUUUUAGACACUAUCUAUGUAUCUGGAUGGCAAUGUUCCUCGACUGCCUCCACUUCUAAUGAACCUGGUCCAGAUUUAGCCGAUUAUCCAAUGGACACUGUUCCAAAUAAGGUUGAUCAUUUAUUUAAAGCGCAAGUUUUUCAUGACAAGAAGCAAUUGGAGGAUUUAUCGAAAGCUACUAGUGAAGCAGCAUUCAAGGAAAAGUUAAACGGGAAUGACAAGCCAGUUGAUUAUUUGAGACCUAUUGUUGCUGAUGCUGAUGCUGGUCAUGGUGGAUUAACCGCUGUUUACAAGUUAACUUCCAUGUUUAUUUUGAGGAACGCUGCUGGUAUUCACAUUGAAGAUCAGUCUUCUUCACAUAAAAAGUGUGGCCAUAUGGCUGGCCGUGUUAUUGUUCCCGUUUCUGACCACAUUUCCAGAUUAACUACCAUUAGGAUGUGCGCAGAUGUUAUGGGUAGUAACUUGAUUUUGGUUGCCAGAACUGAUUCUGAAGCCGGAACUUUAUUGAGUUCUACUAUUGAUCCAAGAGAUCACUACUUUAUUGUUGGUGCCACCAAUCCUGAAGUUAAAACUGAUUUGAACGAAAUAUUAAAUACAGCUAUUGCCAAGGGUGCCUCUUCCCAAGAACUGUCUGAAAUUGAGAAUAAUUGGGUUGCCAAGGCUGACUUGAAAUUAUUUCAUGAGUUAUUUGAAGAAGAAGCUAAAAAAUUGGAUAAUGCUGAAGAGUUAAUUGCUGCAUUUAAGGAGAAAGUUGGUCCAUACGGCGGCAUUCACAUUAAGGAACAAAGGAGAUUGGCCAAAGAGUUGUUAGGUAAAGAUUUGUACUUUGACUGGGAUUUGCCAAGGGGUAAAGAAGGGCUUUACCGUUACAGGGGUGGUACUGAAUGUGCUAUUAUGAGAGCUCGCGCUUUUGCCCCAUAUGCCGAUUUAGUAUGGAUGGAAUCCAAUUAUCCAGAUUAUGAGCAAGCCAAGCAAUUUGCUGAAGGUGUCAAGAAGGAAUAUCCAGACCAAUGGUUAUCAUAUAAUUUGUCACCAUCGUUUAACUGGAAUGAGUACAUGAGUGUUUCUGAACAAGGUGACUUUAUUAAGAAAUUGGGUGAUUUAGGUUACAUUUGGCAAUUUAUUACAUUAGCUGGUGUACAUACCAACGCUUUAAUUUCUUAUAAAUUUGCUCGUGAUUUCUCCAAAUAUGGUAUGAAGGCCUAUGCACAAGAUAUCCAACAGCAAGAAAUUAAAGAAGGGGUUGAUGUUGUUAAACAUCAGAACUGGUCGGGUGCCAAUUACAUUGAUGGUUUAUUAAAAUUAGGACAGGGUGGUGUUACUUCUACUGCUGCUAUGGGAAAGGGUGUUACCGAAUCCCAGUUCAAAUAG